UAAAUAGCAAAAAAAAAAAACUUGUAUCUUCAGAAUGAAUUUAAAUUUCUUAAAAAAUAUCAGUCGAUUUAAAUCUUUUACUCUGUUAGCAACACAAAAUUUAAAUAAAAGUAAAAAUUUUAAAAUCAUGAAUUCUUCUUCUACUUCUUUCAUUUCAACAACAAAUUCAUCAACAAUUACAAAUGAUAAGCCGGUGCUCUAUUCAUAUUGGAGGAGCUCCUGCUCGUGGCGUGUUCGUAUAGCACUAAAUUUGAAAGAAAUACCAUAUGACAUUAAACCAAUCAGUUUAAUUAAAUCUGGUGGAGAACAACACUGUAAUGAAUACCGUGAAGUUAAUCCAAUGGAGCAAGUUCCAGCGUUACAAAUUGAUGGUCACACAUUGAUUGAAUCACUAGCAAUAAUGCAUUAUUUGGAGGAGACUCGUCCACAGCGUCCAUUACUACCUCAAGAUGUCCAUAAACGUGCCAAAGUACGGGAAUUAUGUGAAAUAAUUUGUUCUGGUAUACAACCAUUACAAAAUUUAAUAGUAUUAAUACAUGUUGGUGAAGAAAAGAAAAAAGAAUGGGCACAACAUUGGAUAACAAGAGGAUUUCGAGCAAUUGAAAAAGUUUUAUCAACAUCAGCUGGUAAAUUUUGUGUUGGUGAUGAAAUAACUAUGGCUGAUUGCUGUUUGGUACCACAAGUUUUUAAUGCUAGAAGAUUCCAUGUUGAUCUUCGUCCUUAUCCAAUUAUAUUGCGUAUAGAUCGUGAAUUAGAAGGGCAUCCAGCAUUUCGUGCAGCUCAUCCAUCAAAUCAACCAGAUUGUCCACCAGAAGCUGCCAAAUGAACCCAAGCAAAUAAUUCCUCAACAUCACAGAGAAAAAGCAAAAAACAGAAAUUGAAUUUAUAAAAAAAAAAAAACAAAACAUAAAAAGACA